AUGCUUUUCGCUAAUGAUAUAGUUUUGGUCGCAGAAACCAAGGAGGAGGCUAAUAGUAAAUUGGAAGAGUGUAGGGAAGCCUUGGAGGGUAAGGGGUUGCGCAUAAGUCGUACGAAGACAGAAUACUUGCAAUGCAAUUUCAAUGGGACAGAAUUGAGAGCCAGAGGUGACCAUAGGGGGAGAAGUUAUUGCAUGUACGUCCAAGUUCAAAUAUUUGGGAUCGGUGAUUCAGAAAUAUUGGCCCGUAAAGAAGGUUUUGGGACAGAGGAUAGAAGUAACAGAAAUGCGUAUGCUGAGGUGGAUGUGUGGUCAUUGAAGGCUUCAACUAACAAAAUUAAAUCUUGGAUAAUUGCAGAAAUGGAGAACCAAAACAACUUAAAGAAACCCCUACUAAGUACAUCAUCAUCAUCAUCAACAUCUAGCCAUCAAAACAACUUAUCCAAGAGUCGAAAACAACUUCUCCGACGUUCAAAAAGUGCUCCUCUCAUAGUAUCCCUCCCUAAAGAUCACUAUCUAAGCAAUAAUCAAGAUCCAAACCCGAACCCAAUACCCGAAUCCAUCUUCAAAAAACUCCAUCCAAGUUGUAGAAAAAUAACUACAUUUUUAUCACUUUAUCUUCUUAUUGGUGCAAUCACUUUUUACCUAAUAAAAGAUCAAAUAAAAGGCAAAAAAACCACAAAUACCAUAAUUGAUGCUCUUUACUUUUGCAUGGUAACCAUGACUACCGUUGGAUAUGGUGAUUUAGUCCCUCAAACUUCCCUAGCAAAAUUCCUUGCAUGCACCUUUGUUUUCUCAGGAAUGGCCCUAGUCGGGCUAGUCCUAAGUCAAGGUGCAGAUUAUCUUGUCGAAAAGCAAGAAAAAUUAAUAGUCAAAGCUUUAAAAAAGCGAAAAAAACUUUACACUAAUAAUAUAAUAAUGAAACAGAUUGAAAUAACAAGUAAUGUUCGACACAAAUGUAUUGUGAUUGGUUUGCUACUUAUUGUUCUUAUAAUUUGUGGCACUAUAAUUUUGAUAAAGGUUGAGGAAUUAGACGUUAUGGAUGCUAUUUAUUGUGUUUGUGUCACAAUGACUUCUUUGGGUUAUGGAGAUUAUGGAUUUUCGACGCAAAAAGGACGUGCUUUUGCAGUGUUAUGGAUUUUGCUUAGUACUAUUUGUAUGGCGCAAUUGUUUUUGUACCUUGCUGAGCUUAGUUCUGAAAGGAAGCAAAAUGCGAUUGUUAAGAAGGUUCUUAAACGACAAGUGAGUGUUCAUGAUCUUGAGGCUGCUGAUUUAGACGACGAUGGAGUCGUUGAUGCUGCUGAAUAUGCAUUAUACAAGUUGAAGGAGAUGAGGAAGAUUACUCAAAAAGAUAUAUAUCUUGUCAUGAAAGAAUUUGAACAACUUGAUGUUCAUCAGUCUGGAACUUUAUCUGUUCAAGUUAGAUAUCCUGUUAAAUGA